ACAUCAGUGCUGAAACACCAAACAGACAACAGCUACACUCUCAGGCACAACUGUUGAGCUAUGUUUGGAGGAUGGUUCAAACCCAAACCCCGCCCACCCUCUCCUGAGCCUUUUACUGAAGAAUGGAGGAAGAUACCAUGGGGUAACAAAGGCAGAGACCUGCAGUUUGUGAGGGAUUAUCAGCCUCAUAAUGACGAGCUCAAACAGCAAAGAAUUCUGCUUUAUGGACCAACUGGUUCUGGAAAGUCCAGUUUCAUCAACACUGUGGACAGUGUUUUACAAGGCAGAGUGACUGGUCGAGCUUCGGCAGAUGCAAUCUUUCUGGAAAGCUUCACCAAAAAGUUCAGAACUUACAAAAUCCAGAAAGGAGGCCCAGGGGAAUUUUACCCUUUUACCUUCACUGACAUCAUGGGCAUUGAGGAUACUAACAAAGGAGCUUGUGUGGAAGACAUCAAACUGGCCAUGAGGGGACACAUAAAAGAUGGUUACAAUUUCAAUCCGGCCUCUAAAAUUUCUGAGGAUGAUCACAACUACAACAAAACCCCAACUCUGAAUGACCAAGUUCACGUUCUGGUUUGCGUCGUCUCUGCCACCACAUCAAAUAUACUGAGUGCUGAAACUGUGACAAAGAUGAGGCAGGUCAGAAUUGCUGCCAAUGACAUGGGGAUUCCACAACUGGCUAUUCUCACCAAAAUUGAUGAAGCUUGUCCAGAAGUCAACGCAGACAUAAAGAACGUCUACAGGAGCAAGUACCUGAAGGAAAAGAUGGUGGACUUGAAUGUGGCACUCGGUAUUCCACUGAACUGCAUCUUUCCUGUGAAGAACUACCACUCUGAGAUCGACACGGAUGAUGACAUUGAUACUCUGAUAGUGAGCGCACUGAGACAGAUUAUUCACUUUGGAGAAGACUUUGUCAACAAUCUGUAGACUUAUAUACAGGAGAGGCAAAUUUGGGGCGUGGUAAAAAAA